AUGGAUAGCGGUGGAGGCUACAAAUUGAGUGGAAUUAGGCAGAUUGUGAGGCUAAAGGAAAUGCUGCAGAAGUGGCAGAAUGUGACUUUAGGCACAAAACAUUCAAUCCCCAGCAUUACUGAUCAAGAGCCUAAAGAUGGGAACAUGAUGCCAUUAAUUAACAAAAGAGUAGUGAAUGUUAUGAAUUGUGAAUCUGACACAGAGGACAGUUGCCAAAGUCCUGAACCGCUUCCACCACCUGAUGUUCCAAAGGGAUACUUGGCAGUGUAUGUUGGGCCUGAGCUUAGGAGGUUCAUCAUUCCCACCACCUACCUCAGCCACUCUCUCUUCAAAGUUUUGCUGGAAAAAGCUGCAGAGGAAUUUGGGUUUGAUCACAAUGGUGGCCUCACCAUCCCAUGUGAGACUGAGACCUUCAAGUACCUACUCAAGUGCAUAGAGAAUGAGCAACUCAGUGAUAGCACCCACAUAUCUGAAACUGCAGAAGCUGAAAGUUCGGGAACUGUGAAGCGUAAGUAG